GCGUCGCAAUUUAAUGACGAAAGGUUGUAGUCGUAAACAUGGAGGAGAGAGAAGCACUUAAGAGACAAAUCGAACUUUUACAAAAUCUCAUCAACAAACAUAAAAGUACCCAUGGCGAUACACCAUUUACAGGAACUGAGCAGAGCCACACACAAUCUUCAGUGCCAGCCAGGGGCCGAGGUCAAAGUGCAUCUAUGAUCUACCCUCCCAGCUCCAGAGGAAGACUCUAUGCUCCUCAGAGCUGUGGAAGUUGGAGGAAAACAUACUCUCUGAGAAACAAGAACCCCGAGUCCUCUGCUGGACAUCCCUCAGCUUCUGCCUCCUCCACUGUCCAUCACUCUCACAGCAUGUCACUGCCCAGCCUCAGCACGGGAAGCAGGACUGCCACUAUAUCAUCAGAGACAUCUCAGCUGAAGAAAAAAGAACAUAUAAGCAGCAUAACAGAGAGUAGAGAUGUAGCAACAGAGAAAAAAAACAGUGAUGCUCUUGGAAAAAUGGGGUCAGCAUCAGAGUUUACGCAGAGGGUUGACAGCAGGAACACAGGCCUGCAGGGAAAGAAAAUUGGUGUUUCUUUUGAAGUGGCCUCUUCAGCCACAGCCAGUACCUCAGCCAUUCAGCAGAGCAGCUCCCAAGUAAAGAUCGGACCUUCCCUGAAAAGCAGAACCAGUACAGACAGUCAACAGAUUGUUGCUAAUACAUCUCAGGUAACUCUCACAGCUGGUCUCUCUACUGCAUUACAACAAGCUUCCUCUAACUCAUCUUUACAAAGCAGCAAAGCCCAGGUCAAUACUUCAUAUUCAAAUAAAUCAAAGUUCACUUGGGUAAAGGGUCAGAGUGCUGCAGGAGCAGAGCUCAAACCACUGAGCUCUCUUUCAACACCGUCAGCAGUUGUUGCCCCAACAUCUGUCUUGAAAUCUGGAGUUGCCAUUGAAAGCCCCCCUUCAUUUGUAGUUGCUAAGAGAACCGCUGCUAAGAAGUUACCUCGAAAGCUUAGCCAGCCCACUGUAGCUGCCAAGACCUCAAAGUACCGCUGGGUGUCCUCUGCAGGAGCCCAAGCUAAGACAUCUCGUAAGCCUCCAUCUCCCAAACCCUUGACUCUCACACAGAGAAGUCUGGACAAAGGAGAGGCCACAAGGAAACUUAAACCAGGCUCUUCUCCUUCUGUAAAAUUGAAAAAAGGUAUUGCAGUGUCCUCUGCUGGCACCUCACAGAGUAGCCGCUAUCGCUGGAAAGCAGGGGGCCAGAGUACAUCUGUGGCAGGGACAGCAGGAGCAACAGCAAACCGCCGUAGAUCUGCUUUCCACUGGACAGCUGAGAAAAGUAACAAAGGAUUGAAAGGAGGGAUUUCUGUGCCCCUAAGUUUACCUCAGCGCACCUCCAUGUUGUCAUCCUCCUCGCCUGGAGGGUUCAAGCUGCGCAGCAGGAUGAAGAUUAUUAGAAGGUCUACUAUCAGUGGCAGUGGAUCAGAGAAGGUGAGCCCACCAGCUGUGAAGCACUCUCCCCAGGGCAGAAUCUAUACUUUGGCCAGGACUCCCACAGGAGUUAGGAGGACACCCACCAGGGAGCUUGUGUCGUUUGGUAGACACAAGUUGAGGCGGCUUUCCCCUGUCUCAUCAAAGACAAAUGCCAACUCUUCCUCCCAUCGUAACCCCGCCUCCCAAAGGGUGUUCAGGACACGCUACAAGAUGGUGACCCAUCUGGGCUCCAGUGCCAUGCAGACCCUCUAUUACAACCCAGCCCUUUCCUGGCGUGCCAAGAGGAUCCAGUCUGCCAGGAGUUUCCUUCAGAGCCGUCUUCGAGCUCCCCACGACAGACACCCGUCAUCCACCCAGCAGUGGAGAGGAAGCAGCAUGUGCUGGAUUCGUGGCUCCUUAUACCGUGUGUCAGCCAAUAAGCUGUCCCGCACCGUAGCAGCGAACAUGUCCAUCAAUCGAACAGGAAGGUCUUCAUGCUUCCAGGUCUCCCACAUGGUUCCCGCCAUGGCCAGACCCUCCAGCACUCGUCACUUAGCCAGGUACCGUGCAGUCCAGCGGAGUCUUGCCAUCAUUCGCCACGCUCGUCAGAAGCAGCGGCAAAAGCAGUACUGCAUGUACUACAACCGCUUUGGCAAAUGUAACCGUGGAACCAGUUGCCCCUUCAUACACGACCCAGACAAAGUGGCGGUCUGCACCAGGUUUCUGAGAGGGACAUGCAAGCAAGCAGAUGGUACCUGUCCGUUCUCCCACAAGGUGGCAAAAGAGAAGAUGCCGGUGUGUUCCUACUUCCUGAAGGGCAUCUGUAACAACAGUGACUGUCCCUACAGUCAUGUCUACGUGUCCCGCAAAGCUGAAGUGUGCCAAGACUUUGUAAAAGGCUACUGUCCUGAGGGAGAGAAGUGUAAGAAGAAACACACUCUAGUGUGUCCAGACUUCUCUAAGACGGGCUCCUGCCCACAUGGCUCACGCUGUAAGUUGCAGCACCGCCAACGAGUCAAACGCCGCGCCAGCAACAGUGUGACCCCUCCAGCUAAGAAAGCACGCACCAAGGAUCCUCUGAAGAGACCCCAUCUGUCUGUUGUGAUGCCACAGGAUUCUCAAGCAUCACUGGGGAUGCCCUCCGCAGGUUCGUUGGUGCUGCCCUCAUUUAUCUCCCUCUCCAGCUCUCCGGAGGAGGCAGAUGCACCAGACACGCUUCCUACUGAUGCAGUGCAAGUCAAAGAGAAAAAACUGCAGAUCAAGCCUCGUCUGUAAGAUCACAGAAACCAGUGGGACUGGACACGAAAGGAUUUUAUCAGGUUUAGUGUUAUGUGAGUUCUGAGCUCAGGUUUGUCCUGGCACAUGUAUCCAUCUUGAAUGAGUUCACUCAGGGCCUGAAAGUUUUAUGCUUUUUGUCUAUGAACAUCUUUUGCAUAUCAGUUAGAUGUUUACAAUGCCAGUUUUGUAAAGAAAUAAAGUAUUAACUCUGAA